AUUAAGCUGCUCAAUGCGGCAGGUGGAAUGCAGCGAGAAAGGUUACCAUGCAUCUUCUUUUAGGACAGCUUCUGCAUGCAUAAAGCACUAAGACCAUGUGUUUCUGGAGACAUGCCAUCAUAACAAUGGAUUACUAGAAAAUACUUUUUUUUCCAAGCGUGGAGGCAUCCAAAGAGACGACAUGGAGUGCAGCGGAAAGGUAACACCACACCUGAUGAUGGCUGUGGGCACAGCUGUGAUUGGCUCCCUCCAGUUUGGCUACAAUACCGGUGUCAUCAAUGCCCCUCAAAAUAUCAUUGAAAACUUCUACAAUGAGACCUGGACCGACAGAUUUGCUGAGCACAUCUCGCAGAGCACGUUAACGGCUCUGUGGUCACUCUCUGUGGCUAUCUUCUCUGUGGGUGGAAUGUUUGGCUCCUUCUCUGUGGGCCUUUUUGUUAACCGCCUGGGCAGGAGAAACUCCAUGCUCAUGGCCAACGUACUGGCCCUUACCGCCGCUUUGUUUAUGGGCUUCUCCAAGCUGGCUGCUUCAUGGGAGCUCCUCAUCAUUGGACGCUUCAUUGUGGGUCUCUAUUCUGGCCUGUCCACUGGCUUUGUGCCCAUGUAUGUGGAGGAGAUCUCCCCUACAUCGCUCCGUGGAGCAAUGGGCACGUUGCAUCAGCUGGGUGUCGUCAUUGGCAUCCUCUUGGCUCAGGUUUUGGGGAUAGAAUCCAUCAUGGGGAACUCCUCCCUCUGGCCCCUAUUGUUAGGAUUCACACUCCUGCCAGCCAUUGUGCAAUCUGUCCUACUGCCCUUCUGUCCUGAGAGUCCAAGAUACCUCCUCAUCAACUGCAAUGAGGAGAGCGAAGCCAACAGCGUCUUAGUGAAGUUGCGAGGGACCAAUGAUGUGAGCGAAGACAUGAUGGAGAUGAAAGAAGAGAGUCAGCAGAUGAUGACUGAGAAGAAAGUGACCAUAGCAGAGCUCUUACGCUCUCCCAUCUACCGGCAGCCCAUUGUCGUGGCCGUCAUGCUGCAGCUCUCACAGCAGUUGUCUGGGAUCAACGCUGUGUUCUACUACUCCACCGGAAUCUUUGCAAGAGCAGGUGUGUCCCAACCUGUCUAUGCAACCAUCGGAGCGGGAGUCGUAAACACUGCGUUCACGGUUGUUUCUUUGUUUGUGGUGGAGCGUAUGGGUAGAAGGCCACUCCACCUGAUCGGUUUGAUGGGAAUGGCCAUAUCCGCAGUUGCUCUAACUCUUGCUAUGGCCUUGUUGGAUCAACACAGUUGGAUGUCCUAUGUGAGCAUUGUGGCCAUCCUGAGCUUUGUAGCCUUUUUCGAAAUAGGCCCGGGACCCAUCCCAUGGUUCAUUGUUGCGGAGCUCUUCAGUCAGGGGCCCCGGCCUGCUGCCAUUGCAGUUGCUGGCUUCUGCAACUGGUCUGCCAAUUUCUUAAUUGGCAUGAGCUUCCAGUAUGUUGAGCAACUCUGCGGCCCGUAUGUCUUCAUCAUCUUCACUGUUCUCCUGCUGGGCUUCUUUGUCUUCACCUACUUUAAAGUGCCCGAGACCAAGGGCCGUACCUUUGAUGAGAUCUCGGCAGGCUUCCGCCAGUCGGCUGGUCGGGCUGCUGACAAAUACUCGGCCCCUGAAGAGUUCAACACACUCAGGGGGGAUGAUCCUGACCUUUGACAGCUUCACUCAAAUUACCCUUGGGGUACACUUUUCAAUCUUCACUUCAUGAAGUUGAUGGGCGCAGCGCCUCCUUUGAAUUUUAGUCUCGACUCAGACUGAUCUCUGUUUGGGGGCUAAAAAUGAGAGCGUCACACUCACAGACCGUUUGUUUUUUGAAGCGGUCAAAGGAAUUUUGCUAUAGGACGACAUAAGGUGGAGUCCUAGAUUGAGGUAUUGCCCAAGAAGUCACAAUAAAUGACCCCUUUAUCCUUGUUGUGUAGGUGAAAGAUGGUGCUCGAUGAAGGUAUUGAACAUCCACACAACACACACAAUUAAACAAAAACAUUUAUUGUGAUUCGGAGACUGGGUAAGACGAAUAAAUACUUGGAAAAUA